UGCACUACUUUACUGAGCUCGUGGAGUGUCUUAUUCAACAACGGCUGCGUUUGAAUAAGAUACUAAAUUUAGCUUAAUGUUCGGGGUUUUGUCAUAGUAAAUUAGAAAUUUUAACCUGACACAGAAACGUGGCGGUGUUUUCAUCACUUUUGUAGUCGGCGUAAAGAAGAAACUUCCAGGUUAAAUCUGGGAGGAUGCGAGCAGCCGAUGGAGCGCUGACUGUAUGGACGUAGCUGGGGCACGAUGCUAGCAAGCUAACUGACCGCAGAGGGCAUGGUGUGGCUCUUAUCGUUUGCUUCAAUCGAAAACCAGUAACAAGUAGUCGAUCAGCUGACAUGGAAGUCACUGGAGAAAUCAGCGACACGGACAGCGGCAUUAUUCUUCAUUCAGGCUCCGACAGUCCGACUACGCAUGCAAAAGAUGUGACCACACACACGCGGGCCAUGAAGCUGAAACACCAGGCGCUCCAAGACCGGCUGGAGAUUUGCAUACUGGAGCUGAAGAAGCUCUGCAUCCGAGAGGCUGAGCUGACAGGUCAGCUGCCAAAGGAUUACCCUCUGCUACCAGGAGAGAAGCCUCCACAGAUUCGCAGACGCAUCGGCGCUGCGUUUAAACUGGAUGAGCAAAACAUUCCUCAGGGAUCAGAGAGUUCAGAACUGAGUCUGGUGGAUGCCGAUUUGGCUCUUCAGACGAAGAUAUACGAAGCUGCCCGCAAGCUCUGUGAGGAAGAUCACCUGAGCAAGUCUGUCAGGAAGAGUCGGAUACUGCACAGCAAAACUGAAGAAAAGAAACUUAAGAAGCUUCAAGAAAAAGCCUUUCAGCUGCGGCUGGAGCGUGGCCGAUCAUCGCCACUCCCUGGUCUUAAUGUUACACAACAAGAUCUGGGCACAUCUGAUGACAGCUCUUUAUCUGAUUCUGCGGUGCAAGAUGAAGAAGUUACAAGCCAGACCUCGCAGCCAUCCUCUGGUCUUCGUUAUCCAGUGGAAACGGAUUCGCCCCGGCCGCUCACCAUGUCCUCACAUUCCUGCGUCAACAGCUCCUACAUGUCUUCAUCAGCGGCUCCUCGGUCGCCGCUGUCUAACCCCCGUCAGUCUCCCUGCCCCAGCAUCGACUCCAAGUUGAGUUUUAGCUCCAGCCCUGCGUACGACCCCCCUCCCAUCCAGCACUCCCCGUGGUCGGAGUCCAGUCUUGACCAGCCGUACCAGAAGAGCAAGAAGUCGCGUUCCUCCAGCACAAAGAGCAGUCCAGCCAAAUCUGAAUUGUUGCCACCGUUGGAGGCUUGCUUACCUCAACAACUGUCCCAUAUGAGACUGGGCCGCACCCAGUCCAGCAGCACCCCCUCCACUCCAGAGAUGCGUGUGCACAGACAGCUCUCCCUCAGGGUGUCCAAUCCUGAAUCGUCAUUUUAUAAGGAGCGUGGCCGUACCAGAGGUCCCAGGCGACGUCUGACAGAAUACCAGAUAAUGUUACCAGAAGCUCAUUCUCCUACGAUGAGCUACAGCAGCUGUGCUAGCUCUGAAGACAGCAACUCUGAACGCUCCUUCUCUAUUCACAGCAACUCCCCAUGUCAGGAGUUCCCCUCUCAUCCACGCAGACAGUAUCAGGCUACACCCCCUCUCUGCAGCCCAGAAGGCAGCUAUGGUCCUCAAGGUCUCGCUCCCACCGCCUUUCAUCGCAACCCCAGGUCUCUAAUGAGUCCUGUGGUUCAGAGACCGUAUUACGAUGAAGAAAUGGUCUACCCCGCUGACAUGGACCUGACUCGGCUCCGUAUCCCGCAACAAAUGGCUUGCUCCCCCAACACAUAUGAAUAUUAUUACAGAAAAGCUGCUAUUCCGCACCAGAGAGUACAGAGGCCUGUGCCUCCUGAUAUCAGACUCACCCCCCCAGCACAGAUGGACAACAUGCACUACAGCUUCCACGGUCUCCCACGUCAGGUGGUGAAUGAGCAGCUGAAGUCCUGGCACCGCCGCAGUCAGUUCAAACCGCCACGGUCUCGCUCUCUGGACAGACAGGGAGCAGUCAGGCUGAAAAACAUGUCAACUCGAGAAUCAACCAGCUUCCAGAAUCAGAAACACCACGACCAAGUUAUCCAAAGAGGAGCCAUGCAGAAAGCUGCAGAAGAAGCUCCAGACCACUGGAUGAUAGACAAUGGCUCUCACUACAUGAGUCAAGUGUGAAGAUCAGAGAUUAAUUCACCGA